AUAACUCGCGGGCAGGUUAGUUUCACGCUAACUCCGUAGCAUAUUGCUAAUACCGGUCUUCACAUUUUUUGUGUAAUUCUUGUUAUUAUGAGUGCUACCGCAGCCUCCUUGCCGUGUCCUAUUUGUUUACAUACUGGUGUUUUUAAUACUGCGCAAUCGCUGAAAGAUAGAUUGAUUUUUGUAUCGACCAAUAAUAUUCUGUGUCCGAUAUGUCAAGAAGAAGUUUCGGGGUUGGACAAGCUGACUAUACAUUUGUUCAGCCACAUUCAAAUUGCACCACUACAACAACGUACUCAACAACAACGUGAUGAAAAAUGUUGUACAAGCAGUGUACCUCAGCAAAUGGAAAAACCGCCGUCGGAGCCGCAAAAGGCCAAAGUUGUGGUAUCUAAAAAUAAAACAUCAUCGCCUACGCCUAAUACACAAAUGAAGUUUGUCAAAAUAUAUCCAAAAUUGCCUGUUAUAGCAUUAAACACGAUGCCGAUUAUAGAUAUAACGCCCAAAGCAGAAGGUAGCGUUCAAAGCAACAACUCUCUUUAUAUACCCGCUGUAAAAACUGAAACACCCAUACUGCCGAGUACCAAUAAAUGUGAUAUUUGUGGACUCCAGUUUGUCGAUGCUAACAUAUUAAGAAUGCACAAGUGUUUGAUACAUAAUAUUGAAGACAAUUCUCAUCACACUAUCACUCGAUACGAUUGUCAUCUUUGCUCAAAAAAUUUCAAGAUGCGAGGCUCUUUGAUGGUCCAUUUACGAGUAGCGCAUUACGGGUUCGCAUCGAAUAACAACUCUGAAACGAACAUUGACACUGAAAAUAAAGAUACAAAUGGGAAUCACUUAUCAGAUGUUAAGCCUGCCGAUCUAGACCGGCGUGAUGGUAAACAAUGGCAAUGCGACGUCUGUAGAAAAUGUUUUACAACAAAGUAUUUCCUCAAGAAACAUAAACGGCUUCAUACAGGAGAAACUCCAUAUGCGUGCACUCAAUGUAACAAGACGUUUACAUUCCAACAGUCUUAUCAUAAGCACCUGCUAUAUCACAACGAUGAAAAGCCACAUACUUGUAGUUUUUGUGGCAGAGCCUUUAAAGAACUGUCAACUCUUCACAACCACCAACGGAUACACACUGGAGAGAAACCCUUCGCUUGUGAAACUUGUGGAAAAUGUUUCCGGCAAAGAGUUUCUUAUCUAGUCCACAGACGUAUACAUACUGGUGCUAUGCCUUAUAAGUGUACAGCUUGCAACAAAAGUUUUAGAUACAAAGUCUCACAGAGAACUCACAAAUGUCAAGUUCAGCCACCAGGCACAGUUGUGAGGCGAAUGGGAGAUUUUGUUGAAAAACUUAAAAAGAAAAAAGAAACUAAUGAUAAUAUGAAUCCAAACAGCAAUGUGACUGAAUCUCAUGAUGAUAAAUUUGAAAACGCAAAAUAUCCAGAAAUAUCUGAAGUCAACGCUGAACUAGUUAGAACUGGCGCACAAUUAUCUUUGGAAGACAUGGAAUCUGAAAACUUCACAAUACUUUCUGAAGCCUUUGGAGAAAGUAAUGCGACAUGCUCUAAUUAUUCUGCGGCAUUACCGACCAAUGCGCCACAUGAUGAAAAAACUAUCGACAUAAUAUCUAACAUCGACGAGUUAAUUGAUUCCAUACCAGGAAAUGAAAAAAGUAUACCGUCUCCAUCAGACAUUUUAAAAAAACUUUGUUUAUCAAAUGAGGAAGACUUUUUCAACGCAAAUCAAAACAAUAGUGAUAUGGCCUAUGACAUGAAUAAAGACUUAAACGAUUACUUGUAAAAUAAAAUGAUAGUUUGUUUGACAUUAUUAAAUUAUCGUUGUAACAAGGUUGUAAUGCAAUCUUUUUUGUUUAUUUUGUAUAAAUAUAUUUAACUUGAUAAUAAAAAAAUUGACAUUAAAAACCCACAGACACCCAUGAAUUUAGGUAAAUUAACGAUAUUUAAGUAAGAAAGUCUUUCCAGUUUCCAUCAUGAUAAAUAAAACCGGCCAAGUGCGUUUCAGGUUAAGUGCAGUGAUACUGAUAAUACUGAUAGCAAUACACACUAUGGGAUAGACAAGAAUAUAUAUAAUUAUACAAGGGGCUAAAAAGACCCAUUAUAUACGAGGUAUUUUUAGGGCCCGAGAUGUAAGGCGAGGGCUGCUAAAUAGAAACCGAGUUUGUAAUGGGUUUAGCCCUCAGACCAAUUAUAGAAGGACCUGUAUCGCACUCAUAGUCACGAGCAAAAUUGUCUGUCAUUUUCUGAUGAAAACGAGCUGACAUUUUGUAUAUAUCUUAUACUAAACUAUAAGUUUUUGCCCGUUUUUUACCCAAUUCAAUUACACAAAAAGGUAUUUUUACGGAGCUCUUUAACCGACGAACACGAUUACAACUAUUUAACAUCGAUUCCAUAGAGACGGUUUUUAUAAUCACAUUAGAUCGUUGAUCAUAUACUUUGACAGAAAAGUAACGUCUAGCGAGGCAGGUCCUAUACAAUAAUUGGUCUGAGGGUUUAGCCCCACGUGUUACACUCUGCUUUUCACUACGAUUGCGAGAAAUUAAAAUAGUUUAGUACUAUUUAUAAUAAUUGAAAAUUAAAUGUACAAAGUCUACAAUUUUGGAUAUUAAGGGAGAUGCUUUUACCCGGUAACAUAAUUUCCGACUACUGUGAAGAUGAAUAAUGAGUAUGUGAGGUAAACGUGGGAGAUAGUAGUUUAAAAAACUCCCUUCGUAAGUGAAUCCAUUCGUUGUUGUUUUCUCUACUUUACCUAUACUACAGCCUUUCUUGACGAGUACUGUUUACCAACAAAGAAAUUAGAAAUGAAGGUAGAAGACGCAUGUAAUUUCAUAACUUAAUUAUUUAAAAUUUUGUAUAGUUUGUUUAUUAAUGGUUAUAUAAACAUAUUAACCAUAUCUAAUUGUUCUAAGCUGAUUAAUCAAAUUUAUUUUAUUUUAUUUAAGAAGAAGUUAAUUAUAAUUAUUAGUAGGUGUGAAAUGACUAGUGAUUUAUACGCUCGUUUUUAAUUUGUUUGUUGGUAAACAGUAUUAAAAAUCAAGAAAGGCUGUAGUAUAGGUAGGUAUUUAAGUAAAUGCGUCACGACUUGAUGGUAACAGAUUGAAAAUUUCAUCCAUCUCCAAAUUAGGAUCACCAUUCUCACUAGAUGAAGACAACAAUAACAAUUAACGUUGAAAAAUAUGUAAGUUACGGUCACAAAUUUACAAUGAAUUUCUUAAAAAAAUCAAGUGUCUAUUAUUCACGCCAAUUGUUUUUUAAAUUCUCGCUUUUUAAUUUUAAUUUUUCUUUUACAUGAGAAAAAGGCAAAGGUAUUAAUUACACCGUACAGUAUGUCCCAUGUCUUCAAAUCUCGCUCUAUUCGCAACUCAAUAAAACUAAAUAAAAAAAUGAUCGCAUUUCACAGACAAGAACACUGCAUUUCAUUCCAAUUUAAAGUUUUUUAUUUAUUUUUCAAAACAAUCAGGGCCUUACUUAAAAUGAUUCUAUUUUCGAAUAAAACCUCCUCCGUUUUAUAGUAGGCUAGUACUUGGCUAGUACUCGUAACAGACAAGAAUUAAAAAAAAAACAAAAUUACUUUAGCCCCUAGAGGCUGAAAUGCUUGUUUAGCCCCGCUGUGAAGUUUUUUUUUUAUUUUACUUU